GUGGCUACCAAAACGACUUGGAGUACUUGGAAUGCCUUGGAGUUGCCCUGUGUUCGUGAGAGAUCUCUCAUCCCUCCAAGCCCGUUUCUGAACAAACAGGAACAACAAUCCGUGCCAGACUCUUCCGUCGCUCAGUCAGUCCGUGCGUUGCCUCCGAAGAAGGUGCCAAGAGGUUGAAAGAACGAGUCCGGAUCUAUACCCCAAACCUGGCCAGUGGCUGACUGAGCGUGCGUGUCUAGUCAGUGCUGCUGGUGGUGGUUCUCUUUCAGCCAAAUCUCGGAACUGCAAGCACAACCAACAUAAGAUACACACUCUCCAUUUCACGAGUGAGUCAGUCAGUGAGUGAACAACGGUGAUUGGAACUCUUUCAUCCACACCAUCCAGGUUCUUCCCCAAGACGACUCAGAAUUUGGUGGCUGUACCACCACUGUACGUGCAUCUCAAUCAAGACAACCCAGAAGUGAGUGUCUCUUGGAGCAAGUCAACCCCUGGCUUGAAAUUGGGAUCGAGUGGCUCCCCUGGGCGAGUGAGUGCAGUGAGUGCUGACUGACUUCUCUUGGAUCGGGGAAUUAAGGCUCGAUUGAUUACUGGGCUACAAGAGUGUCCAUUGAAAAACAAUCAACUUGUGAUUGAAAAUAACAACGAUGCCUCAGCCAGCCCAUCAAAGUCAGAGUCAGAGCAUGAGUAACCUACACAAUCACCGAAUGCUCAAGUUCAUUUGGAGCAAAGGCCAUCAACCCAAUGCCGAGCGACUCCGCAUUCAAAAGGAUCUCUUCGGCUUCCACAAGGAGGUUCAGCAUGGAUUUCCAAACAAGCCCGCGGCCAUGGCAUGGGAUGGGGAACUCAAAUUACUGGCCAUUGCCACCAAACACGGAGCUCUCAGAGUCGUGGGACAACCGGGGGUUGAAUUCAUAGGCGAGCAUGAGCAAGAUCAACCUGUGUCCAAGAUGAUCUUCAUCCCGGGUCAGGGUCGAUUGGUGACUCUCACCGAGGACAACUUCUUGCAUUUAUGGGAAAUCAAUGGGACCGAAAUCACCGAGAAGAGUUCCACGCAUUUAGAUGGCCGAUUGAAACGAGUGUCCGUCAUGUGUCAUGACUCGAUUCACAAUAUGGUACUCUUGGGCACAGAAGGGGGCAAUAUCUAUCAGCUGAAACUGGAGAUAUUCACCAUUUCUGAGAACAUCAUCUAUCAAGAUAUUGUCAUGAAAGGAGCACCCGAGGACUUUAAGGUUAACCCUGGAGCCGUGGAGGGUCUGCUAAUCCAACCCAACGAGUCGGAACGAAUUUUGAUCGGUUAUGCCAGAGGUUUAAUCGUGCUUUGGGACCGAAAGUCCAGUGUCGCCUCACAGACUUACGUAACAUCACAACAGUUGGAAUCCUUGGCUUGGCGAAAUGACGGAAGUCAAUUCAUCUCGUCUCACAAUGACGGCUCUUUUGUCAUCUGGUCUACUCAAGGAAAUGGAGAGCCUCUUGAGCCGCCAAACACACCGUACGGCCCUUAUCCAUGCAAAAGUAUCUCCAAAAUUCUGUGGGCACAUCAGAAUGGGUCGACUUGGGUCGUGUUUUCGGGUGGCAUGCCUCGGGCUAGUUAUGGAGACAAGUUCUCGGUGUCGGUCAUGAUGGGCGAGGACAAACAUCAAGUGUUCGACCUCAGUUCCAAAGUGGUCGAGUUCGAGUUAUUCUACGACGAGGAAUCCACCAAUCGCCCUGCUGGAAUAUUUGUACUGACAGAGGAGGAACUCGUCACCAUUGAUCUAGCCACCGACUCGUGGCCAGUGUUCCAUGCUCCGUACUUGAACUCUAUUCACGCAAGUGCGAUCACGGCUUUGAUCCAAGUUUCAAAUGUUUCCGAGUGCGUUUUCACGAAACUCAAGGAGAUGGGCGAAGCCGAGAGGAAAGACAAGGUCUCUGACAGGGAGUGGCCUGUCAAUGGGGGAGUGGUGCCGGAGAAGAGCAACAAAGACGCGAGUUGUCACGAUCUUCUCGUAACUGGCCACGAAGACGGAAGUGUCAAGUUAUGGUCGUGCGGUGAUUCCGCUUUAGCCCUGCUCCUGUCCGUGAAAACCAAUAAAUUUUUUGUCGGCGAUGAAUUGGACGAGCCCUUUGAAGAGGAUGAAGAUGAAGAGGAGUGGCCUCCUUUCCGCCGCAUUGGACUUUACGACCCUUACAGUGACGAUCCUCGUUUGGCUAUUAAAAAACUGGCCUUCUGUCGGCAAAGUGGGCGGCUCUUGGUAGGUGGAACUGCUGGUCAAGUCCUCGUUUGUGAGCUACAGGAUCAAGCAGUCGAGGCCAAAAUGCUCCCAAUUAAAGUGGAUCUGGUGACCGAAAAAGAAGGCUUUGCAUGGAAAGGACACGCAGCCUUGACCAUUCGAACCAACGAAAUAAAGAUGGAACCGGGUUAUCAGCCUUCAUGUGUGAUCCAAGUCUCACCCCCAGCCAGUAUUAAUUCAUUGGUGUCCUCCAAGGAGUGGGAAUUGGCCGCUAUUGGAACCGCCCAUGGACUGGUUCUUUUGGAUUGCAUCCACCAAGUUGCAAUCCUUACUAAAUGCACAUUGAAUGCUCAAGACAUUGCUAAUGCAGAUGACAACCCCAUGUCGCGUCGAAAGUCAUUGAAGAAAUCCUUGAGAGAAUCAUUCCGCAGAUUGAGGAAGGGACGGUCACAGAGGAAUAUUGACAAGAAACGACCCGGAGUUCCCACAGAUCCCAUCAAGAAAGAGCUUCGUUCCGAAUCACCCGAGUCACGCCCUGUAGAGAGACAAGUAGAGGCUAGAUCUGGAUCCGAAGACGGGUUAGGCUCCAUGGUCCGGUGUCUACAUUUCGCCAACACCUUCAUUGCCAACCCCCAAACUUUAUCGGCCACCUUGUGGGCUGGAACGAACAGUGGUCAGAUUUUGGUGUUCCUCAUCACUCUUCCCGGAAGUGAGAAGCGUUCGUCGGUCAAAUCGUCAGCUAUUUUGGGCAAAGAGAUCCAGCUCAAGCACAAGGCACCGGUCAUCGCCAUUGAAGUCCUGGAUGCAGGAGGCGUGCCCGUUCACGAAUCCAACCCCGAUGGAGCGCCAGCUCCCCAUAAAGUAUUAAUCGCAUCAGAGGAGCAAUUCAAGACCUUCCUUUUGCCCACCCUAAAACCCUCCGGCAAAUAUAAGCUCACCGCCCACGAAGGCGCUCGAAUCCGAAAAAUCGGUUUCACUACCUUCAAAUCUCGUGCCGACAGCAAUUACAUGGAGAACUGCUUGAUGUGUUUGACGAAUCAAGGCGACAUUUCCAUCCAUUCCUUACCCGAGAUGCGCCGGCAAAUCCAGACCAAUUGCGUCAAAAAAGAGGACGUGAUCGCGAUCUCCUCGUUCGUGUUCGCACCCACUGGCGAGGCGUUCUAUUCGUGCUCCUCGUCUGAGCUUCAACGUGUUUCCGUCGCUGCCGGUCGGAUCGUCCGACCCAGCGGAUAUCUGCAACUGGCCGAGGAUGCCAGACCGGUGGCCAAGGAGGAGAAAUCGGCCCCGGCAAGCACUACCGUGGACAAACCGGAAGAAGCUCCAACUAUUCCAGCCGCGCCUUCUCCGGGUGAUCCUCACAAUGACACGACCAUGUCGGAAGUGAGUGGGGACAUCACCUUGGAUUCUGUCAAGGAUCACACGAUGAGCUCGAUAUCCGAGCACACUAGCACGGUAGUGAGCUCAAGCUCCUCGCUAACAAUCUCGCGCACAGUGCAAGUGAGUGAAUCCAAAACCAUCACCACCGCAUCUUCAUCCGGUACGGCUAUCAGCACAGAGUCUACCACCAAACCCACCAGCCCGGUCAAUGGCGAAAAUCCCACUCCAGAAGUGCAUGAACUAGCCGAUGACCUGACUCACAUGACUCACAUUUCCUUGGAUGAUCCUGUGGAGCCUGAUCCGGAGGAUAUUGAUCCCUUGGCUCCCUUGGCGAGUAUGGAAUCGACGGGAAGUGAAUUUCCGAGCAUGAUCUCCACCACCAGUGAAGUUCAAAGCGUUUGAUGACGGAUGAUUGUUACGAAGACAAUGAGAUAAAGCUAAUGAAGGAAGUUUCACCCAAAUAUAUUUUUUGUGAGGAAGAGUAAAUUUGAUUCGAGUUCUGUCUCUACAGGAGCAUGGGAAAGAAAUUUCUGAAAAUUCUUGUCAACCACUACAAAAAUGUAAAAAAAAAUCAGCUUUGUUAGUUUUAUAUGCCUUGAUAACUUGAUUGUACUAUAUUGAUUACACUAUAAUAAAACCACCUUAACCACCGAAAAAUAAAUAAGACACAAUCAAGAAGA